AUAUUGAUUUACGUUUUCGUCCAGUUUUCCUACGUCGAUAAUUCUCGCUGCUUGUUUCCAGAACGUUUUAACGGUUUCGUCCGGAUUUCCGACGCCGAUAAUUCUUGCUGCUUGUCUCCAGAACGUUGUGACGGAACUUUUAAUCGAUUCUCGAUAUUGAUUUACGUAUCAGUUCAGUUUGACUGCGCCGAUAAUUCUUGCUGCUGGUCUCCAGAACGGUUCAAAAUGGAAGUUGAACAACUCCAAGUAUCAGAAAUGGCUCAAGUCUCGCCAGAAGUAUACGAUAUGAUUCAUUCUACUACGGUAUCGCUAAAAGAACUAUCGGCAAUAACCGUUAGCCUGGAAAUACUAUGGCGCCGUGAAAUUACUAAUGAACAUCGCCAAACCAGUUUAUUAAAAAGUUUUAGGAUUGGGCAACGUGACUCAGAGUCUGUAGUACAAAUCCCAUGGAAAGCUGUUCUUCCUGAUUUACCAUCAGCGAUUUACGAUCUCGUUAAUAAAUACGUCAUAGUAUUACGGAAUUCGCUCAGUCACUGGCUAACAAUUUCUGCUCAGUAUACUUCGGAUUUUGAAUGUUGGUCGGAAUUUUUAGGGAAAUUCGCUGAUUUUGUGUGCGAUUACGACGGCGCUGUACAUUUUCGUAGGACAGCCGAACGUAUCCUGCGUUGUGAUAGGGUCAGCGAUGAUAUGAAAUUCAGAAUCGCCUGCGCGUAUUAUUUCGAAGACGAUAUUCGACGAUUGUGGCCAUUUGUUUCGAAGAACAUGGACAUCGAUAGUAUUGAUUUUAGAACACAUCCGCAUACGUAUUACUGGAUUUGUCGUCUGUCGAAUAAGUUGGAUAAGAUUAGUCUAACCGAGGGAAACGUUAAUAUCGAUGAAGAAAUGUUGAAUCAGUACUGGGGGGCUACUGAAGCUUCGUUGGAGUACUUUUGGAAAGGCGUGUCUGUCGAAAAUCGAAUGCAAAAAGCUGUCGACGUUCACUGCUACGAUCCGCAAUGUUUUGUUAGGAUCAUUCUACCGAAACUGGACGAUCAACAGCUGGAGGAAUUUGUCAAUGAGCGCGGCCACCGCUUAAUGUUUUACCUGUUGCGGACUUACUGGAACGAUGAAAGACUCGUUCUAAAAACUUGGUUGUACAUUAGAAACGUAAUGAAUCGAAGCACUUUCACGAAACAUGUUUUCAUGCAGGGCUUGCUGAAAGAUCAUCACAGAGAAGUGGUGGACGAAUCCGACGAUGGCUUUGAUGGCAUUUCCGUAGUGAGAAAUAGUUUCUUGUAUUUGUGUAGUGAAAUAUGGAACAACACUCCGGAUAAUUUGAAACAAUCAGCGAUCGCAGAUUUGUUAUCCGGUUCCAAGUUGUUGGAAAGGUUUCAGUUUGAUAUGUGGAUGCCUGAUAAUUAUUGUGUUACAAUUCAGCUAAACGUCGAGCUGCUAUUGAUCAUUUUACGAUGCGUAUCCUUUGCAGAGAGAAACUCAUUCUGGCACAACUGCUGGCACCUGUUGAUUGCAAUGGUGCCAGGCGAAGAUUUGCAACGAAUUAUGAAUCUGUGUUUCGAAAACAACGAACGUAAGAUGGCUAAAUUUAAGCAGCACACCAUGGCCAUUAGUGAAACUGUACGUGAAUUGUGCGUUGAAUUACUGCGAAAGGGCAAGCAUUUCAACUAUUUGAUUGAGUUUGUGAGUUUCAUGUGUCCCGAAAAGCAAACCGCCAGCGAUUACAAACAACUAAUUGUUGAAUCGUAUUUUCUCGGUCAAUGCUAUUCUGGGAUCAGUAAUCGUUCUGAAAAAUUCAUCGAGUUCAUCACCGAUGCUUAUACCACCGUCGACGAGUUAUCCGUCGACUUCAAAACUCAACCGAUGUUUUCAGAAGUUUGGGCGAAUACGCUUAUCAAAUUCAUUCACGAAUACGUUUCGACGGAAGAAGCUGUAGUACAGCGCAAAAUUCGUAUUGCUGAAUUGGUGAAAGAGUAUUUGACCAUUAAUCGUCAUCUUCUUCGUAGUGAAGAACCUCGAGACAAAAACGUUAUGUUUGAUUUUAAUAAGAUUUUGUUGUGGUGUUUGGGGAGCGAGGAAGAAGUUGAGAAAUUCGAAUCAAUGUUGCAAAAGCAGGGACUGAAAGCUUCAAAAUGUAACUUAACUUUCAGCUUCUAACUUGCGAAAGAAAAAACUGAAACUUUUGGCUUUAGCUUUCAGCUUUAGCAAUUAAUUCGGCUAGCUUUUGGCUAGCUUUCGGUUUUUCUAAAAAUCAGCUAAAUUUGAAAUUUUGAAUGAAAAAUAACUAAGCACCGUAUUCAUAGAUGGUAAAUUUGUUACUUAUGGAUCACUUGUCUAAAAUGGUGAAUUUUGAUUCAAUUUUUCCCAUAGACGAAUGAAAACUUCAUAUUUUCAGAGUGAUAAAUCGAUACUUUGAAGCCAAUUUCUCAACUAAAAAAAUUUCAAAAAAUUCAAUCAAAACUAUAAAAAAAAGCUUGGUAAAAAGCCGUAUGAAAUGAAACUUCUAGCUGGCUUUUGACUUUUUCAAAAUGAAACUUGGCUAGCUUUCAACUUUCAAAAUUCGGUGACAAAUAUGAAACUUUCGGCUUUUUUCGGCUUUUGGCUUUCAGCUUUUGGCUAGCUUUCAGUCCCUGUGCAAAAGUAAUUCUGAUAAUUGCGUCGUAACUUAUUUUUAAUUUCAUUUUAUUUUUCAAGUGUGAGGUUUACGUUAGUUUUUUAGUACUAUCAUUAUUUACGAGUACAUUUUUUAUUCUUCAAUUUUGUAUUGUAAUAAAUAUGAGUUUGUGCCUCGAGUAAAAUCUACAUUAAA